AUGUUUCCUGAAGGUGGACAAAACAGGAAACAUUGUUUUCUAGCCAUGUUUCCUGAAGGUGGACAAACCAGGAAACAUUGUUUCCUAGCCAUGUUUCCUGAAGGUGGGCAAACUAGUAAGCAUUGUUUCCUAGCCAUGUUUCCUGAAGGUGGACAAACCAAGUAUGUUAGUUAAGUCCGAGGGUUUAGUAAGAUUAAGUGUGUUAUCAACAUAUCGUUUAUAGAAUUUGAUCGUACCAGAGUUUAUUAGUGGUUUAAUUAAUUCUUCAAAUUCAGUCAUGAUUAUAUUUAUAUGAGCAAGAGUGGGACCAAGCGGCGAACCCAUCGAAACGCCAUCAGUUUGUCUGUAAAGGUCAAGGGUUUUAUGCUCGUGCUGGUUUUAGUCGAGACAGGUCUCAUGUUAUCGCAUUCAUCUUCAUCUUGUGUCUUUGUUAACUAUUUUGAACUUUUGCGUUUGUUGUCUAAUGCAAGUUGUUUAUCGUCAAAGUCAAGAAAAUUGCAUGCUAAAGCCUUGAUCUUCUGUUGUUUAAUAAAGUCAUCAGGGAGUGCGUUUUGUCGUCUAAGUUGGUCCCAUAUAGAUUUGGUUAUAGACAAGUCUGAUCAAAGAAGCACUUGCCAUUAGACGCCUUAAACCUGAACUUAAUCAUGGAACUAUAAAGGCAUCAAAAGAACUUAUAAUAUUUACCUAAUCGUUAAUACUGUACAUAUCAAAUUACUUGAUCUUCACUAUAUGUAUAUAUAUACAUAUAUAUAUAUAUAUAUAUAUAUAUAUAUAUAUAUAUAUAUAUAUAUAUAUAUAUAUAUAUAUAUAUAUAUAUAUAUAUAUAUACCGGUAUAUAUAUAGUUUUUCGUUUUACCUCAAAAAACCACAACAGUCUGUUUCAUCCGUAUAGGAAUCAUCAGACCACCUGAUGAUUCCUAUACGGAUGAAACAAACUGUUGUGGUUUUUUGAGGUAAAACGAAAAACUAUAUUACGCUCUAUCUAUAUGGUAUUGAGCACUGUUUGUGUUUCGUAAACCAAAAUCUUAAGCUAUAUAUAUAGAUAUAUAGAUAUAUAGAUAUAUAGAUAUAUAGAUAUAUAGAUAUCUUUACAAUAUCGACGAUAUAUAUAUAUAUAUCAUCACAAUGAUGACUGAAUCUUAGACUUAGUCAAAAGCUAGAACGAUUAAAAUGUUUAUUUUCGGAGUUACUGUUGUUUUAUAUGUUACUCACUACAGGAGGAAACCUAAACUAAACUAACUUUAUUUAUACUGGCUAUCUCUACCAGUUAAACUGAUUAUUUCUCCCUAGAAUGGAUAGGUUUUUAACCAAAUUUUAAAAAUAUAUUCCCAGAUUACUCUGUUCUUGGUUCUUGUGGCCUAGACUACGAAGGACUAGAAGAAAACAAAUACAAAAACACCGCAAUACGCAGCGAUCAGGUCGCCUGUCUUCACCCAGUGGACGGCAAGUGUCCUCAUGGGAUGUUGAGGGUUGAUUCGGAAGAGGAAGGGAGAAAAGCGUGUGAUGUGAGGCGUUUUCAAUCACACGUGGGAUACGAACUGACAGAUAAAAAGGAUCCACGUGAUCCAAGAUUUUGUCCUAUUUCUAUUAACUGUGGUGGACCUCAAGGUACAGAAAUGAUUUAG